AUUGUUCUCGAUGGAUUAAUUUCAGGUGGACCUUGUGAUCAGAAUGAUUUAAGUUUUGAGCUAAUUACGGGCUUUGUUUAUUCAUCUUCAUCGGAAUCAAUUGCAACUAUACCGGGAACUUUACGAUUAACUGAUUGUCUCAAUAGAUGCCGAUCCAAUUCAACUUGUCAAUCGCUUAACUUUGAGACGGGACUUUGUGUCCUUUUUAGUACCAGUGCCUCUAAUCGUCCAGCCUCAUUGAAUAAAUCACAUUUUCCCGUGUUUACAAUUUAUGCACAGAAAAUUUGUCUUGGUGUUACAAUUGAACCGGUCUGCCAAAAAUCGUGGGUCUUUGAAACUGUUCCAAGUCAUAUAUUGACCGGUUAUACCUCUAAAUUGGCCUCAUCUCCGACCAAAUCAGAUUGUAUGGUUAAAUGUUACACUGAGACCAGUUUUCAAUGUCGAUCAGCUAAUUACAAUCGAGCUACCGGUGAAUGUAGUUUAUCAGAAAUGGAUCGACAUUCAAUUGUUACACCAUUUAGUACCGAUCGUCACUUCAGAUCAGCUCCUGGUCAAGAAUAUAUUGAAAAUAAUUGUAUUCAAGAGCCUAAAAAAUUGUGUGAAUUUAAAACGAUACGAGGACGAUUAUUGAAAACUGUUGAUUCAGUUUAUCCGGAGAUUAAAUCAACUGAUGGAUGUCGAGCUAAAUGUUUACAAUCAGAAUUUCGUUGUUUCUCAUUUGAUCUUGGAGAUCCAACAAUUAGUAAAGUUUGUCGAAUCUCUCAUCUUGAUUCAUCAUCAACUAAUCACAUAAACGAUGCUUAUUUUGAGAUUCCUCCAGCAGUUUCCUAUGAGCUUACUUCUUGUUACGAUGUCGAUAUUGUUUGCCGAUCUCGAGAUAUGCUGACCAGAGUUCGAACCAACAGGAUUUUCAAUGGUAAAAUUUACGGUAAAUCGAAGCCCAAUUCCUGUGUAAUGGACAUUAACAAUAGUCUAUCAUUUGAAUUAUCGUUGGGCUAUAAUGAUGUUGAUUGUGCUGUUAAACGUGAUGAUGGUGCUAAAUAUACAUCAGAAAUUGUCCUUCAACAUCAUGAUUUAAUUGUCACCACCAAAGAUCUUGGCCUAUCUGUCCAGUGUUCAUAUGAUUUGACCAAUAAAACUGUGGUCAAUACCGUUGUCUUUGAAUCAGAUGGUGAGAUAAUUGGUGCAGCUAAAGAUGAAAGAUUUGUCCACUCGUCGAUCGUUGAUUCCCCGAAUGUGACAAUUACCGUUACCGAUAGACUUGGAUCUCCAAUUCGAGCGGCAAAGAUUGGUGAUCAAUUAACUUUACGAUUUUCAAUUAUCGAUGAACCUUCACCGUAUGAAAUUUUCAUCCGUUCAUUAGUGGCCUCCGAUGGAGUAGAUGGAAGUGAAAUUGAACUUAUCGGUGCCGAUGGUUGUCCUAUUGAUAUCGCCGUGAUGGGACCAAUAUCACGAAUCAAAGGAGCGGCCAAAACCCUUGAGACAACCUUUGAAGCGUUUAAAUUUCCGACCUCAGAUAUUGUCAACUUUCGAGCGGUAGUAUCACCGUGUUUGGCCAAAUGUCAGCCGAUCCAUUGUUUCUCGGAUGGUUUUGAUGGUUCAACCCAAGAAUCAUUUUCCUAUGGUAAACGAAGACGAAGAAGACGAAAUGUCCACCAAUCGACACCACCACCAACAGAACAAGAUCUAAUUGUCCUACAAUCGAUUCGUAUUCAAGAUGGUUUCGAUUUCAUCGAAGGUAAAAAUCAACCCAAACAAACACCAACCAAACGAGAUGGACGAUAUGAUAUAAUUAAAGACUCAAAAAGUAUUCCAAAUGAAUUGAAUUUAUCUUCUCAAUCAUCGUACUCAUCAUUUAACUGCCUAACAUAUACUGGACUUGUAUUAAUCUUCAGCAUUUUAUUGAUCACACAAAUUGUUGUCCUAAUUGCUUGGUCAAUUUGCCGUUCAUCUUGGUCGAGAAAUGAUCAACUUGAAAAAUUAACUCUAUCACGAUCAUUAACAUCGACUAAUCUAUUAACAGCUAAAUCCAAUUAUAACCACAAUUUACAUCAUCAUCAUGGUAAUUUUUCCGAUAAAUGUUUGACCAUUCAACCAUUUACCACGAAAGGAUCAGCUUCAUCCUCAUCCUCAUCACCAUCACCUUCAUUUGCUAGUCAAUUGUAUAUAUUACAAUCAAUGGAUAAUAAUAAGUACCGUUAGAAUCUGCUUUUAAUUAGAUUCUAAUUGAAAAAUAUUGUUAUUUAUUCAUCAUUUGAAUCACUUUUUUUUAUACUUCUUCAUGUCCAUCUUUUUGUGCCAGUUUGAUCAUUUGACCAAUAUAACGAUUGUUUCCUAUUUGAGGAACAAUUAACCAUAACAAUCAACAACAAUUGACUUAAUUAAAUCAACUUGUAACUAAACCUCAAUUAAUCAAUGUAAUCAAAUGUUUUCUUCAGUGUAAAUCCUUAAUGGAGAAGCAUUUUUCCCCUUUUACUUUUAAUUGUAAAUAACAUUUUCCAAUCUAAUAUUUUCGCCUCGUGUUUAAAUGUCCAACAACGACAACAAUAAUUACUAUUAUCAGGCGAGCUCAGAAUCUCCCGAAGUGACCACUUCUGAUGGGACAAGAGUUGUUGACAAUCCAUUAUUUGAUAAUCCUGAAAAGAGUUUAAUCAUCGCAACAAUAACUUUAAUAUUCCUCAUUAUCCUUUUAUUGAUACUUUGUAAAUUUCGUUUUGGUUCAAAUAAUGUUGGUCCAGUUUCGUCUAAUCAACAAGCUGAUGGCAAUGUCGGCGGUAGAUGGCCGAUGCUAGGUCCAAGACCUAAGGUGCAAAGUGAACUUUCUGAAAAUCAAACGUAUCCCCGAUCACUUUCAACCAAAUCGCUGUCCACUACAAGCCCAAUAUUACAAACAUCAAAAGUUGUUGGACUUUCGAGUAACAUAUCACAAGGACCAUCAUCGACAUUGAAUCAAUUUCGUAUAAAAUCAUCGGCUUUUAUUCAAAAACUUGUGAAUUGGAAAGCAGAUCGACUUGAUGUUACAUCUAAAUGUCCAGAAAAAUUUAACUCGAUUAAAGUCGAUGAAACUAUCACUCGAAGGACGGAAAGUCCAAAAUGCAAAGAAAUCGUAACUUUAUUACCAAUUGUUUCACCAAAUAAAAUUAUCCCACAAGUUACUUUGAAAGUGAUACCAAUAGUUGAGAAGAAAAGUAAUCAAGUCUCGAAAAUAAAGGUUGUAUCUCAGACCAAGGCCAAUUUAUCGACCAAGAAACGAUCAUCAUCAUCGUCAUCGGCAUCAUUUAAAUCAAAAUCUUCCAAAUCAACAUCACCACCACGAAUUUCAAUGGAACAGAAACAAAGACCAAAACAAAAAUCUAGAAAAUCCAAAAGCUAUAGUAAAAAAAUGAUUGGUCGAAUUGGUAAUUUGAAUUAAUCGGUAAACAAUUAAGAGUAGCAAAAAAAAACUAAAAUGUAAACACAAUUAAAAUCGCAACACCAAUCAACAAAGUUUGGUCCCGUUCCGAGUCUCUAUGUGACCUAUUUCCAUGUAAAUCCAAGCAAACCAAUCAAAUAUUAAUAAAUUGUUUGUAAAUAUUUUCCAUCAA